CUAUGACACUUUCCAUCGCGUGGACCGCAUGGUCCGCCGUUAACAGGACGACUCGCGCUGAGGUCUUGGAUGAUGAGGGUCUACGUAUAAGUCCUUGGAGACUGCUUGUUAUAAGCUGGUAGCUUGCACAACAAUCUAUAUUCAAAGUCGACAUCCAUCAUCGUUUCGCAGAUGCGCAGUUGGUCGGCACUUCUUCUUGCAGCCAGCGCUCUUGCGACUCCACUACAUGCCAGAGAGACACUUCAGAGAUGGACGGCCGACGAUCAACAUCUGCUCCUCAAGAUUGCCAUUCCGGAGCUGCCUCGGUCGUCUAGCGGAGUAGACGCAGAAACAAGACAUAUGCUGCACUUUAACUAUGAUUUGGAUUUGAAGGCCUUGCUUGAAGAGUCAUCCGCAGGCAGACAACCGCUUCAUCUGCGCAAGAUCAACUGCCAAGCGACUCGAAAGGCUUUGUCGGAGAAUGACGAGAGCCUUGAUGUACCACUCCAAGAAAUGCCUCACUUGCGUCCGGCAGAUAUUGUUGCUGAGAUGGGUAUUUUAGUGGAUGACCUACCAGAUGUGCGGGUCGUCAGUGUAUCGACAAGAUUACUUCGAGUCGAUGGCAGCAGGACCUCGAGCGAGGUUCAUGCCGAGCAGUUUACACUUCGUCAAGAGAAGAAGGGAUGCAUGAAGCAGAUCAUGAACAUUUUGAAGGCAGUACAGCAUGGAUUGAGUGUGGCCCUGGUGGUUGACAAAGAGCCCUCAAUGCUGGAAUCUUCGGUCGAGCGCGAAGAUGCACACGAUGACAAUUUUUUCAGACCGACAACAAUCGACUGUCAACUCCUGCUCCUCUACUUUGCGUUCUACUUUGUUUUUGCAAGCCUCAUUGUGCAGACACUCUUGCUGGUUCGCGACACUGGGCGGUGGCUAAGACAGCAACGCCGUCCAAGUCUCUGCGAGAAGGUCAAAGUCAUGGACACCAUUGAGGAACUUGAUGAGGAAGCGCUCUAUGAGAAACCUCACACGCCUUUUCGUGUAUGAUUUCGUCUCGUGUCUCGUGUCUUUCAUCAUCAUCUAGCAUCGUAGCAAUGGCGUUCAUCAUUUUGGAAAUAUGUCCCCAUCUGAACAAGUGAUUGGCUGCGACCUGUGUACCUCAGUUAUGAGCCACACGACGUAAAUCUCAAGCUCGACUCCCUGCUCUACGACGAUUCCUCGAAUCGAAGUUGCUCUCAAAAACGUCAUCAGUAGAAUGCUUUCU